UCUCCGUGACAGCCAGUUGUGUUUUGUCGGAGUAAACACAAACUCCUCCUUCCCGGUGACAGGCGGCAACACCGAAGGGUCGCCUCGCCUUUUCCGCCACAAUUUGCGCCCUGGACUUAUUGUCAGUGCCGUCAAGGACCACGGGGUGUGUUUGCUCGCCCGUGCACGACAUGCAGCGAGGACAAUGACUUGGAUGACAGAAUGGUGAACCUCCACAGCACCCACUCAGAAGGGUCUGAAGUGACGCAGUGGUGGACGAGUAGAUGUGGCGUUCAGCAUCCCUUUAAGGCUUGCAGUGCCAGUAAGGCUCCUGAAGGUGAAGUGCUGUGACCCGUAACUCACCGGCGCCUGGAGCCAAGGAUCGUCGGGACUCACUGGGCCGGAGAGCAGACAUCACUCCUCCACCUGCACCUUCUGUCCAACCGCUCUCUGAAGACGUCGACAAUGUGACAGCUGGACACUUUCCGAAGCACGUGACCCACCGUUAUUAUGGAUCUGAGAAUCAGCAUGCAUUGAAUCUACUCUCAUCCAGCCACAAUGGUCCCAAUUCUGUUUUUGGUGGCAACAACAACAACAUCCAAUUCCACCGGCAAUGGCAACCAUACACAAGAAGACGUUUCGUCCCGCAGCGACCACAUCCUCCCCACUGUGCUGGUCCUGUCCCUGGUGCUGCUCAUCAUCGCACUGCUAGCCUGGUACUUCCUCAGGUUAAAAAAACAGCGAAAAGCAGCCGUCACAACAGUUGACAAGAAGAUACCAAAUGGCAUCUUGGAGGAACAAGAUAGGGAUGCCAGUAGGAUACAAUGCUUGAAAACGCCCAGACGUGGCAGUAACAAAGCACGGAGCAAAUAUCAAGAGUUUGGACAGAGUACUGGGUCAUUAUACGCCCCUGAGCCACCAGAGCAACAGACGGUGGUCCUCCUUCCUCGAUCCCCUUCAGCCUCCAAAACCUACUUCCCCCUCCCAGUGGAUCACCUGGAGGAGGAGCAGAGGCUCCGCUCAGCUGACGAUGGCAAGCUCUUCAGGGAGGAGUACAACUCGUUGCCAGGGGGCAAUGCCCAAGGGACGUAUGAGGAGGCCAACAAGGACGAAAACAAGGAGAAGAACAGAUACCCCAACAUCCUUCCUUAUGAUCAUUCAAGAGUGGUGUUGACUCAGCUGGAGGGGAAUCUCUCUUCAGACUACGUGAAUGCUUCUUACAUUGAUGGUUACACAGAAAAGAAAAAAUUCAUAGCAACACAAGGUCCAAAAGAAGACACUGUGGCAGAUUUCUGGAGGAUGAUAUGGGAGCAGAAAGUAGCGACCGUUGUCAUGCUGACAAAUUUGAAAGAAAGAAAGGAAGACAAGUGCUACCAGUACUGGCCGGAUCAGGGAUGUUGGAGCUACGGGAGUGUGAGGGUGGCGGUGGAAGACUUUACGGUCCUUGUGGACUACACCAUCCGCAAGUUCUGCAUACAACAUCAAGCUAGCGAUGCUGCUAAGACUCCCAGACUGGUCACCCAGCUCCACUUUACCAGCUGGCCUGACUUCGGAGUUCCUUUUUCCCCCAUCGGCAUGCUCAAGUUCCUCAAAAAGGUCAAGCUGGUCAACCCACCCUUCGCUGGGCCCAUCGUGGUCCACUGCAGCGCUGGUGUCGGGAGGACCGGGACCUUCAUCGUAAUUGAUGCCAUGAUCGACAUGAUGCACGCGGAGCAGAAAGUUGAUGUGUUUGGGUUCGUCGCUAAGAUACGAGAGCAACGCUCACAGCUCAUUCAGACAGAUAUGCAGUACUCAUUCAUCUACAAGGCCCUGCUUGAAUACUACCUCUACGGCGACACAGAGUUGGACGUGUCCUCACUGGAAGGGCAUCUGCAAAAACUGCACAACACCUACACCACUGGUGACCGGGUCGGCCUAGAGGAAGAAUUUAGGAAACUGACCAACAUGCGAAUAAUGAAGGAAAACAUGAGAAUGGGGAACCUUCCUGCCAACAUGAAGAAGAACAGAGUUCUGCAAAUUAUUCCAUAUGAUUUUAACAGAGUCAUUGUCUCCAUGAGAAGAGGUCAGGAGUUCACUGAUUACGUCAAUGCAUCUUUUAUAGAUGGCUACAGGCAGAAGGACUACUUCAUUGCCACCCAGGGCCCUCUGACACAAACAGUGGAGGAUUUCUGGAGAAUGGUGUGGGAAUGGAAAUGUCACUCCAUUGUCAUGCUCACUGAGCUCCAGGAGAGGGAGCAGGACAAAUGUUGUCAAUACUGGCCCGCAGAGGACUCUGUCAACUACGGGAAUUACAAAGUUGAGUUGAAGGGAGACACCUUGUGUGACACAUUCAGUCUACGAGACUUGGUACUCACCUUUGUCCCGGAGAAACAGACAAGGGUGAUCAGGCACUUCCACUUCCACGGCUGGCCAGAGGUCGGCAUUCCGGCCGAGGGGAAAGGCAUGAUUGACAUCAUCGCCUCAGUGCAGAGACACCAGCAGCAGUCUGGAAAUCAUCCCAUCAUUGUACACUGCAGUGCUGGUGCAGGGCGAACAGGUACGUUCAUUGCACUGAGCAAUAUCUUGGAGCGAGUCAAGGCAGAAGGCCUACUGGACGUGUUCCAAACUGUGAAGAGUUUACGCAUGCAGAGGCCCCAUAUGGUCCAAACUGUGGAACAAUAUGACUUCUGUUACAAGGUGGUACAAGACUUUGUGGACAUUUUCUCAGACUAUGCCAAUUUUAAAUGAUGAAAUUUGCCUUAAACAUGGUUUUUAAUGUUGUUUUCUAAAGCUGCUUUGUCAGUUUAUUGUGUUUCUUUAACUUGGUCAAAUGAUCUAUUUUGCUAUGCACUUGUCCUACCAUUAACUCCAUCCUCGCUGUAAUAUAUUUUAUGUCAGUGGAUGAACAUUGUAAAUGAAAAAAAGUUAGAUUAAUAAUGUGUAUUUCACAUCAUGUAUGAUAACUGUUUUUGUCAUGAAGUGUUGUUUCCAAAUUGGUCUCUUUCUUUCAGUUUGUUGUAUAAUACUGUAUUUUAAAUGUUUAUGUAAGUGCUAUUUUGGAGUGACAACGUAAUACUUUUAAGAGUUGCAAUUAUUCUAAAUGUAUUUAUGUAUUGACGAUGACAUUCCAAUUUUGAAUUUGGAGAAAAUAACAACAGAAUGUUAACUUUUUGUUUUUUAGUUUUUGUCAUUUAUUGAUGACUUCUACCUGAGAUUAAAGGCGACAUUUAAGCUACAUGCCCAUUUCCAAUGGAAAUAUUGUCGGAAAAGAAUGAAUCACAGCCAUAAUGCCAAGAACAUAAAGUUAUGCAACAGAGGCUAAGAUGACAAAACAGAUUGAUUUCCAACAUGGAUUCAGGCAGAAGUUUCACAGUUUGGAGUAUCCUAGUCAUUAAAUACCAUCAACAAAAGAGGAAUGCAACUGCAUUGAACAGGCUGCCUUUUAUCUGUAGACAGCAAAAAAAUAUUUUUGCUAAAUAACUGCACAUUAAAAAGCACAUAACAAACCCUUUUGCCAAGAACCUGCAAUGUUCAAGAAUAUUUUUGCUUUAUUUUGUAUUAGAAAUAAUUUCAUAAAUCAGUGCCAUAUUUACUUGGGUGAAGCUGAACAACCCUUAGUGAAAUGCAAGUGAUCCUAAGAUACGAUGGGUGUAUUCACUUAAUGCAGUAGAGAGAGGAAAGUAAUUUAUAGUCCCGUCCUAGCAAAAACAACAACAAUACUGACGCGUGGUGGUUCAGUGCCUGCGUAACGCAUCUAGGGACCUUAUAUAUAUUUUCGUUGGGUUCGUUUUUUCACAUAUUUCAAAAUAGAGAAGUAGAAUGUUUCAUUGAAAAUUAUCUAAUGAUGAGUGUAAUUCAUCAGAACGCCUCUGAAUGUGAAACAGAUUUUCUCUGCAUUUUUGUCCGUGGCAGAAACCCCCUCCUAUCUGGUACUCAAAAAUUAAACCCUUGGAAUGAUUUGACCCAGCUCUGCUUGAAUCCUCAAUGAAAUGUGUAAUUUUGUUAAUGCUGCAUGUAAAUACUACAUGAUAAAGUGCUAACAUUGUGAAGUUGUGUGACUGAGCAGCAGAGAACUGUCAAGUGAUUGGUCAUUUGUGAGUGCUAUCUGUCUGUGGGAGUGCAGUAGAAGAAGGGACUUAACCAAACAACCUUUUCAGUCGGUUUAUGUUCAGUCUAUGCCUUCCUCUUUGCGCAAAUUGAGAAUCCUCCCUUGAACCUACAGCUCUUUGCCUCUGUUAUGUGGGUGGUCUAACCAUUUUGGAUACUCAAUGUCUUUCAAAUGCAAUUGCAGUAUUAAAUUAAUCUGAAAAUGC